CUGCCUAACUGAACAGACGCGUACUGCAGGUGCUCCGGCUAAACUACCCAAACUACCCAAUACACCAGUUUUUAUCCCUGAUCGAAACAGAAGGGAGCCACUGCUGCCUUUUACCAUGGGGCAUAAUAGUAAGAAAUAUAGGGCAGACAGGCCCCCGUCUACCUCCGAUAUCGGCUGUCUACUAUGGAGGCCACAAACCUCCACGAAGCCUGUCAUGGUGCCUCUCUCGGAUGAACCGUCAUACACGUCCAUCGAAACGUCCCUAACUGACCUGAGGGAGUUGGAGGGGAAGACCAGAGGCAAGAAAGCUGACAGGCCCCCAGAACCAGCCACAGGGUCCCUGGUGACAGAAGAUACACUGAAGUCUCUACUGGACGAAUUACGCCACAAUAUCGCUGCAGACAUCUCCGUGUUUAAAGAAGAGCCCCGCAGAGUCUCGGUCUGCCUGCAUGACACAGAGGUGGCCACAGCUGCCCACGAGUCACAGCUUACUGACUUAGAACAGGAAUUGUCAUUGCUACGGCGCGACCAGGCCCAGCUUUAUUACCACAUGGCAGCAAUCGAAGAUCGGAGAAGGUGGAAGAAUGUGAAGGUAUGUGGCCUCCCAAAUAACAUUGCUACAGCAGAGAUUCCUCACCUGAUACGGAAGCUUUUCACAGAUCUAUUUUCUGUCAAACAGGCUAAAUUGAUGACCCUAGAUGGUUGCUAUGGGCUCCCAGCACCUCCAGCAGGCUCGACAGGGGUGAACAGAGAUGUAAUAAUCCGCUUCCAAAAUGGGCCUGACAAGCAUGCGUUUAUGACCGCCAUUCACAGUAAGUCGCCUUACAGCUACGAAGAUCAUUAG